AAACUUUUUAGUCAUGGCGUCGCUAACGAAAAUUACUCGCUCGGGUCGAUUUUUUUAUCGUAAAUUUCACUGUAAAAUUGAGGACACCUACCCUUUGGAUGCGCCCUUGCGAAACAAACCGAAAGUAAGCAAACCGGCAGACUACGAAAUGCUCCCGGGAAUGUCGCCGAAGGUGUUCCGCGAGACGGAGUACGAUCAGUCCCUUGGGCCGAUACCGGCGACGGGCAAUGCGGCCAAGAACUACCACUACAAGAAUCCGGAAUACUUUUCCUACCACAACUAUUCGUACUACGACAUUGGACGGGCGAUUGGGUGUGCCUACCGGCAGCAACCGAGCGCACUGCCGAAACGCUGCAAAUGGUUCCGGCUUCCGUGGCAAAAGGAGGAAGAUGCUCUGUACAAUGCCGCGAUUCCGGUAUCGCUUAGCUGCUUUGACUUUCGGACGGAGGAAAAGUCGGAGCAAACUGGCGAGAAAGCUCAGGAACAGGCCAAGGAACAAACCUCGCCAAGUUAGAAAGGUGACUGAGAAGAAGUUAAUGAAGGCUUCGAACAACUCCCGUGAACAAGAACAGGUGGUCAGCAAAAAGGGAACUGAACCUUUGGUCUAUUGUUUUCGCUGCUAUCAAAAUUCCAAAACCGACGUGUGACACCGUUUUAACCCCCCCCCCCCGGGUAAACGUGCAAGGCUGUGGGAAUGGUUGACCACAACCGCCGCUUUGUCUGCACGUGCCUCGCCAAGAUCGAACAUGUUCAAAAAUUUGCAUGCUCUGCAGCAGGAAACUCCGCUUUCGGACUAAGAUAAAUAUCAUUUGUGGUGCUAAAA